ACAUUAGAAUUUCAAAAUGUCUGUGCUACUGUGUACCGUAAUUUGUGUAGUGUUUAUUUGGUGGUUUAUGAAGCCGAGGGAUAAGGGACCUCCGAUUUAUCCUUGGGCCUUUCCAUUGGUAGGACACCUUCCUCACAUUAUUGGAGAUCGGACUUAUCUGGCGAGAUUUCUCAAAUCUUUAAACAGUUACUGUGUGGAGAAAGGUGACGUUAUAAGGAUGUGGUUCGGAACGCAUACGUUUUAUAUUGUAACCGAUCCAGAUGACAGCAUUUUAAUAGCCAAUUCCUGCUUGAAUAAAUCAUACUUCUAUGAUUUCGCCAAAAAUUUUUUGGGCACCGGACUGAUCACAGCUGAUGCUUCGUUGUGGAAAGCACACCGCAAACUAUUAAAUCCUGCAUUCAACCAACAAGUACUGAACACGUUUCUGGACGAAAUAAAUGGUCAAGCACGAAGUCUUAUUGCGCUGUUAGAUACUGAAGUCGAUAAAAAGCCGAUUGAUGUCCGCAGUCACUUCGUGAACUUCACUUUGAAAACAGUUAGCCGAACAUCACUAGGACUCGAUGUUAAAGACCAGAAUGUAAUCGAUACAGAAUAUGCAGAAGCAUUCGAAGAAUAUGUAGCCACCCUUGUAGAGAGAGUGCAAUCAGGAUGGAUGCAUUUGUCCUACGCAUUCAAUUUCAGCGCUUUGAAACGUAAGCAAGAUGCAUUGAUCAAGAAAAUGAAGAGUAUCAUUGACCCUAUUAUCGUGAAACGAAAAUCAGAUUUAAAAAUGAUAAAUAGGUCUAAUGCUGAUAAUAAUAACACCAUACCAGAUAGGUUCAAGCCGGUACUGGAUCAAAUGUUGAACUUGGCUGAAGAGCAGAAUGCCUUUACAAACGAAGAUAUAAGGGCACACUUGGACACCUUUGUAGCAGCUUCAUACGAUACCAGUUCUUCAGCUAUGACUUUCAUGUUAGUCGUAAUUGGUUCCAACGAAGACAUACAAGAGAAAAUUUACAAAGAGCUUGAAAGAGAGCAUGUGAAUAAAGACGAAGAUAUAACCAAAGAUGUUUUACCAAAGCUUGUAUAUUUGGAUGCGGUGGUCAAAGAAACACUGAGGCUGUAUUCUCCCGUCCCUGUCAUAUUGAGGAAGUUAGACAAGAAUAUUAAGAUAAAAAACUACACACUAGAAGCCGGCAAUACGUGCGUAAUAGGAUUGCAAGGGAUCAACAAUCAUACCAUGUGGGGCCCAGAUGUGGACCAGUUCAAACCGGAUCGGUGGUUGGACCCUUCUAAAUUACCGAGCAACCCUAACGCUUUUAUGGCCUUUGGUGCUGGAAGACGAAACUGUAUCGGUAAAUUAUACAGCAUGAUGGUUAUCAAGACAACUUUAGCUCAUAUUUUACGACGAUACCGCGUGACAGGUGACAUAAGCAAGUUACAGGCUGAAUUCGACGUGGUACUCAAACCUGUUGCCGGACACCGCAUUGGAUUAACUCUAAGAAAUUAGUUAAAUUUAACCUUUAAAACUAGAGCGAAAACGCUCAAAAUUCAUCGAAGUCAAGCAGU